ACGACACUGAACUCAGCUGACUCUCCUGAGUUCUCCCCAACUCUGUUCAAGGCUUCAAGCUUUACCCUUUUUCAUCCAUGGAGUUCGCUGCAUCCUCAAGACUUCGAACCAACCCUCAAAUUCCUUACUUUAGCUCUGUAUCGAAGAGAAGAUGCCUGUCUCCCAUAAAUCUCCCUUGCUGGUAUAAUAAUCGUCAGCAUCAGCAAUUCUCAAGUGCCUCAGUCCAGUUUUCCGUCCUUCCUCCCAGCAGAAGCUGUUCUUCCACAAAGGUGAUAAAUAUGUCUGGAGAUCAUUCUCGUGAAUUUGAGCUGUCAAAUUUAACAGCAUUGUCACCUUUAGAUGGUCGUUACUGGAGUAAAGUGAAGGAAUUGGCCCCCUAUAUGAGCGAAUAUGGUUUGAUCUUCUAUCGGGUCCUUGUUGAGAUUAAAUGGUUGCUGAAGCUUUCAGAAAUUCCAGAAGUCACAGAGGUUCCAAGCUUCAGUGAAGAAGCCAAGUCCUUUUUGCAAGGGUUGAUUGAUGGAUUUAGCAUGAAUGAUGCUUUGGAGGUUAAAAAUAUUGAGAAAGUGACAAACCAUGAUGUAAAGGCUGUGGAAUAUUUCUUGAAACAAAAAUGCCAAUCACGACCAGAAAUUGCUGAGGUGCUAGAGUUUUUCCAUUUUGCUUGCACAUCUGAGGACAUAAACAACCUUGCCCAUGCCUUGAUGCUGAAAGAAGCAGUGAGCACAGUCAUUUUACCAUCCAUGGAUAAAUUGAUUGAGGCAAUAUGUAACCUGGCAAAGCGUAAUGCUCACAUUCCCAUGCUUUCACGCACUCAUGGCCAGACAGCUUCACCAACAACUCUAGGGAAGGAAAUGGCAAUCUUUGCUUUCAGGCUAAGCCGACAAAGGCAAAAUGUUUCUGAAGUGGAGUUAAUGGGGAAAUUUGCUGGUGCAGUCGGAAACUACAAUGCUCAUCUUGUUGCGUACCCGGAAAUUAACUGGCCACAAAUUGCAGAAGAUUUUGUACAGUCUCUUGGCUUGCAGUUUAAUCCUUAUGUCACUCAGAUUGAGCCCCAUGACUACAUGGCUGAACUUUUUAAUGCAAUUGUCCAGUUUAACGAUAUCUUGAUUGAUUUUGAUAGAGAUAUAUGGGGAUACAUAUCUUUAGGAUACUUUAAGCAGAUAACUAAGGCUGGUGAGAUUGGGUCUUCAACAAUGCCUCACAAAGUAAAUCCUAUUGAUUUUGAAAAUAGUGAAGGUAAUCUUGGUAAGGCUAAUGAAGAUCUGGCUUUCCUGAGCAGGAAGUUGCUUAUUUCACGUUGGCAGCGAGACUUGACUGAUUCAACUGUUUUGAGAAACAUGGGUGGAGGACUAGGACAUUCUCUUCUUGCUUACAAAAGUGCAUUGCAAGGAAUAGGAAAGCUUCAGGUCAAUGAGGCUCGCUUGAGUGAAGACUUGGACCAAUCAUGGGAGGUGCUUGCUGAACCAAUACAGACUGUCAUGCGAAGAUACGGCGUUCCAGAGCCUUACGAGAAGCUAAAGGAGCUAACUAGAGGAAGAGCAGUUACCAAAGAAAGUAUACAAGAAUUUAUCCAAGGCCUGGAAGUACCUGAAGAAGCAAAGACCCGGCUUCUGAAUUUAACACCACAUUCCUACGUUGGAGCAGCAAUCGAAUUGGCCAGAACAGUAGAUUCAGCCAUUGAAUGGACAAGGAAGUUGGCAAUAUUAUAGAUGUAUGACAAACGGAGACUCGGUGCCGCCAGCAAAGACCCCACCAACUCACCUCUCUCCUGUAACGUUCAUUCUUAACAAUUUUGGAACUUACAUAUUAGUUGCCCAAAAAUUCAUAGAAAGCAGGGGUUUAGACAAUUUUCCCCGUUCAUCAGACGGAACUCGUGUCUUUGUAAUGUAACCCCAAGAUAUAAAUGCAGUCAUUGAUA